GCUUCAACUGCAGUCGAGACGAGAGGCCUACCGACGUCGGAGAGCAGCUGCAGAUGCUAGGUGGUCGCUGUUUUGUGGAACAGAGCUUUGGAAAUCUAUUGAUGUGUAUAAUAAUAGUCUUCGUAGAUCGACCUACCUACCCAGGUCCUUGUGCCCUUGUGCAUCUACAUGCGCAUGCGACACUGCACUACUGACCGACUCUUCUACUUCUAGCCUGUCGAAAUACAUUGAUUUAGGCUGUCGUACAUGACUGUACACGACUGUCAAGAUCAAGUGCACUCGACUCGACUCGAGCUGUCAAGAUGAGCCCCAGUGAUGGCUGUACUGAAAGAAGGCAAUACCAGGGACCCUGCGCCGACAGUGACUCUUCCGCUGCCGAUGGCGGCCUUCCGAAAAGGGUUCCAGGAUUUCGGGGUAUGAGCAGAGAUCGUGGUCGCAACUCUCACCUGCCAUUGCCCAGCGCUUCCGUGAUUGCAAGCCACCCACGUCCACCACCGCUGCCAGCCCUCUCCACGCAGGCGACGGACCCGGAUGAGUCCAGAACGUAUCAACCAGCCUUCCCUCUACCGCCAACGAGUCAACAGCAGCAGCAGGAGGAGAAGGAGCUGUGUACGCCUCUGGCUGUGGCCCUAGGCGAUAGUGGCCAACAACUGGAUCUGUACCGCUGCGAGUGCGAAUCAGUUGGCCGACAAGAUCGGAGUGCGCGGAGCAGUCUAGACGGAGCAGACCAGGCUGAGCCAGAGCAGGCCGAUCGACACACCAGCAGACCCGUCCAGGAGGCGGACCCAUACAACACUAGUGGUGGCAGCCACCGUGAGCCGUACCAGGUCAGCGAACAGAACAUGCCAAUGCAAAUGGGUUCGGACGAUUUCAGCUUCACCUUGGAGCAGGUGGCAUGUCUGGCCGAGUUUAUCCUGCAUUCGGAAGAUGUGCACCGCUUGGAGCGUUUCCUCUACGCCUUGCCCAAAUGUGCCCAAGUACAGCGACACGAGAAGAUACUGAUAGCCAAGGCCAAUGUGGCCUACCAUUCUGGUCUACACACUGGUGAUUUCCGGGCACUCUAUCAGAUACUGGAGUCGGAAACGUUCUCCGAGCAAUCCUAUCCACGCCUGCAGGAGAUGUGGACAGAGGCUCACUACAAGGAGGCCGAGCGAAACCGCGAGGGCAGGAAGCCGCUUGGCGCCGUCGGAAAGUACCGUGUCCGCAAGAAGAACCCGUUCCCGCGCACCAUUUGGGACGGCGAGGAGACAAACUACUGCUUCAAGGAGAAGUCGCGCGUUCGGCUGCGCGAGUGGUAUUCGAAGAGUCCGUACCCGUCACCACAGCAGAAGAAGGAUCUAGCCCGUGACACUGGGCUUACGAUAACACAAGUUUCAAACUGGUUCAAGAAUCGACGGCAGCGAGACCGAGCCGCAGAGGGUCGCCAGGACGGUGGGUCAGGAGACGAUGGCCGGGAAGACCUGGAUGAUGACGAGCAGACCGGCAUGCACAGCCUAGACCAGGCCACCAGUAGCAUGGACGAGAUGUAUACUGCUGACAGCGGAGGCUCUCAUCUAACAUCAGUAUCGCAGUCGCCGUCACAUCACGCACGGCAGCAACAGCAGCCGCCAUCACACGGCGGGCACGAUGCCGAUUGGAAUCGCCCGAGCAAGUUGGCUCUGUCCGUGCACGGACCAUCACACUCGCCACCACACGCAAACUCUUCACACAACAAUGCCCAUCACAACCAUCAGCAGCAGCAGCAGCAUAACGGCUACUCAUCUUCCUACUCACCAGCUGCUUCUAAUGGCGGUGGCCCUGCGUGCGGCUAUCCUGCAGCUAACGAUAACUCCUACUCUCAACUGCACACUGGUCAUCAUAUCCAUGGUCGCCCUGCUUCCAAUUCUACCACAGAUUAUCAUCAGAAUGAGGUGAAGCGAGCAUACGUGCCUGAGACCAACGCGGCGUCAUCAGCAGCUGCACCGAUGGUAAACCAUCGCUUUUACACGCCAGACACCGGUUCAGCUCCUCAUCAUUCCGGUGACCUCAUGUCGCCGGCUCCAACGGCUGUGCCACUGGAAGUAGCGGCGACGCCGGAUCCCGAUGCAGAUCACUACGUGCAGAUUGUGCCAGAGAAUGUCGGAAGGUUUGAGCCGCUCAAGCACCGCUCGCCAGCAGACGCUCCAUACCCGUACCAAUCAGCCAACGAACGUGUGUACCACAUAAAUGGAACACAGCCGUCACCUAUGGCAACGCAGAACGGUCACGAGUCGCAGGUCGGUGGUGCACCAGUGCGGCAGCUAGGCCCCGAGCAGCAAAUUGACCGCCAUGGUUACAGGUCCUCUGAUGCGGCAGAACCAGGAAGAUACACAGCCGCUGGAUACAACAAUUCGGUAUCGUUCUCACAGCCAGCGGUCCCCACACAGGCGUCGACACCUAUGGAUGUUUCAAACGGUUACCAUGGUAAUAAUGGCUACCACCAUCUGCAGCAAGGGUACAGGUAGUGUGAGAUGGCACUGCUACUGAGAGCUCGUGUUAAAGACCUUACACCAAUAAUAUGAAACAGUCGAGUCACUCGAGUGUCCUUUCUCUGCUUUGAAUGACAACAGUUUUAACAUGACCCGCGCUCUGCGAAAACCGACCUUAGGUGCUUCGUAAUUUUUUCGAGAAAAAGAACAAAACGUCACGAUCUGUCGAUUUUUGAAGAUUACAAGGUGAGAGUCAUGGCGGAACGAAGGAGAAGACGGUCGCUAGCUCAAAUUGCUGCGGGCUUCUCCCCAGAGGUUUCAGCCGAACUCCUUCACGAUGAAUAGUCAUUUUUUUGGCCUGGUCCAAUCGCAGUUCUGAUGACAGCAGUGCCGAGGAGAGUCGGAUGUGGAAUCGCAGGACGUAACGCUGAUCGAGCUGGACGGUGAUGUGGAGGAGAAUUUCGAUCAGGCGUCGGUUCUGCCACCAGCCCAGCCCCUCAAUGCCGGCAAUAUACAGAGUGCAGACCAAGAAAAAUCGGUUCAAGUACUGUCUACAAUCCAGGAGGCGCGUGACAAGUUUGACAAGCGCUGUAGGUGUUCCGCACUGGUGCUGUUUCAAGAGCGCGACACUUGAAACCUUGCUUACACUUACAGCACACACAGCGCAGGUCCUGAUCAAGACAGAUCACUGCUUGUGUGUAGGCGGAAAGCUAGACGUGCUCAGGAGACGAGGUGAGGCUACCCAGCGCGUCCAGCAUGCUGGGAGAUGUGAUAGAUGGGGCUCAACAAUACUACUCUGAACUACUGAAGUACAGUCAGCGGCUGGUGUGGAAGUCAUGUACAUGCAUGUCAGGAAGUCUUUGUGUGUGCCUCCAGGAUCAAGCCCUGGGUGUUGAAAUCUACAGGCUGCUGUCAGUGCAAGUGAAAUCAGCCCAAACACAGAACUCUGGAAUGCACUGCCUGUGGAAGAUGUUGUGGAGCUGAAACAUUUUAUAGAGCAUUAUGCUAUGCUAGUAUUAUGCUAUAGUUCAUGGCCUCCCUUAGCCUGCGGCUCCACAUGGGCACAACAAGCCAGUACCAACCUACAUGUAUUUGCCCAGUAUCACUACGAAGAAGCUUGUUCACCAGGCGUUCACAAAGCCUGGUGGCAAAGCUGCAUACAGUACGUUUGGCAAGAUUUGGAAAAGAGACUGCCAUGGUAUCACCGAUUACGAAACAAUGUGUGCGGCUGAUGUAGACAUAACUAGAUGUUCUAACUACCAGUACCAGAUAAAACUAUCAAUAUCCUUUAACCCAGCAUUGAUCCUAGCUUCUUCACUACUUUGCACCUGCCUCUACGCAUCACUUCGGCUGGCAUAUCCUCAAACAGAGCCAAAUACAUGUACCUCUUCCACCAGAUUCGUGAGCAACACCAUCCACAGAACAGAGAUAGAAUGUGUCUAUCUCCACAACAGGAAGAUCCAAUGCCAUCAUAAACCUUUCCUUUUGAGCAUUAUGACAUACAGAUUUAUUCUGCAAAGUUUGGUUGCAAUCAUCCUGCUUGAAUUCUCGCAGCAUUGGUUCCAAAAUGUAGCAUAAAAUCCUGGUUUUUUGCUAUUUUUCCUCCAAACAUUGCAGGAAAAGUGCAAAGAAAUUGUCAUUGUAUCUAACUGAAUAUGUAUGCAAUCCACCUAAAACUUCACCAGAAGUUGAAGAAAGGGUCAUGGGUCAACAAUCCAGCACAAACUCAAUUUCGCCAAAAUAGCACCUAAGGUCGGUUUUCGCAGAGCACUGGUCACAUUAUAUGGAACCAACACAAGGAUAUUCCAAGCUCCGAUUUGCACCCCGUUUGAUGCACACUAGCACUAGGAGUUGACGUGCUCUGUGUCUUCCUUUUGAGCUGUAUUCUUUUAAAUCUUUUUCUUCCGUUUUAGGAAAUGUCCAUGCCCACCACUUGUCUUGUUUUGCUGGCACCCAAAGCUGGCUAUUGGAAGUACAGUUCAAAAAAGUAAUCAAUAAUUUGUUUUACUAUUCCAAAGUGCAUUACAAUGUACUUGAUUCGUUGGCCUUGUCAGUUUGAUCAUACUAAUGUAUGUUAUCUUGAUCUUCACGCCAUGCUGUUGUUGUUACUGUUGUUGUUGAUUGUUGUUAUUAUUGUUGUUGUUGUUGCUGUCACAUGUGUUGCUGCUGCUGUUAUUGAUUGUUGUUAUUGUUGUCGCCGUCGUCGUCGGUGGUGUUGUUGUUGCCGUUGUUGCUGUUGUUACUGUCGCUGGUUAUUGACUUUCAAUGUGAUGGUGUUAUGCUUCAUUGAUAGAUCCAAUGAUCGCGACUGCAGCUUGCAAUCCAAUGCUGCAACUAACGUACAGCGAUAACAUUAAUAAGUUCUUGUGGUGGCUAAUAUUAUUCUUCAAGUAUCC